UGUCGGUUAUUCGGAGUGUCAGGUAUCAACCUGAUAUCGCAUGGAGAAUCUUGCGAUGCUUAUUUGCUCAAAGAUCACGUGACUACACAACUGGCCGCAUGGCCCGCCGUAAAAUUUUGCUUCAACCGCAAAGUGCAAGAUCAGACCCUCCGAUAAACAGAUAAACAUUCAGCCACAAGAUCCUCCAAUCAGACAUUGAACAAUUGAAACCCACCGUCUGGAUCAACUAAACACAAAACCAAAGAAAAUGACCGAAGACAUCCAAUCCCGCCGCGAAGCCGACUACCAGCGCUUCAAAAACUACGCCGCCCUAACUUUCCUCGUCACCUCCCCGAUCCUCAUCGCCUUACCCCCCCGCAAACUAGACCACCUCACCGUCCUCCUAACAGGUGCCUUCUGCGUCUCCGCAAACCACCUAACCCACGAACGCACAGGCCGCAGCAUCAUGGACCGGCUUGAGUCGCGCCUUUCGCGGCACUCGGCGAUCAUCUCGGGUUUGCCUAGUGAGCGUGCGCAGGAAAUCCAGGCGCGAGUGCGGGCUAGCAGAGAGAAGCAGCUCCGGGAUGGGGGAUUGAGUGAAGACGAGAUUGAGAAGCUGAGGACUAGGCAGACGCAGGAGAAGGGGAUGGCGGAGAGGGUUUGGAUGGGUGGGGAGGAGGAGGGGUGGAAGCAGAGGAGGUUACGGGAGGAGGCGGAGGCGUUGGCGGAGGGGAAGGGGUAUGGGGAUUUGAUUCAGGAGUAUGUUUCGGACGUGUGGUCGUGGGGCAAGAAGGAUAGUGAUUCGAAGGAGUGAUGCGGUAUUUGGGUGUUCGAAAAGUUGAUGCCUAGGGCACUGUGAGACUUAGUGCUUUGACGAUGAUGCCGUAGACGAUGUAUAAUAUGCGGGUUUGUAUAUAUGACGGCGUUGAUAUCCAUGUAUUACUAUACAAUCUACUUUCUGUUGCUCUACGCUCC